AUGCUCGUGCGGGUGCGUUCGAAGAACGGGACGUGGCGCGUGGGGGACCUGACGCCGUCGUCCACCAUCGCAUGCAUCAAGCGCUGGAUCUUUGACCAGCACGCGAUUGCUCCGCAGCAUCAGGAGCUGACGCUGGACCUCCUGCAGACGCAAAAGACCACCGACACACAGACGCUACGGGAGCUCCGCGUGGGCCACGGCGACAUGCUCUUCCUGAACUACGAGGGACAAACAGUGGGAACUGGAGGCGCAGUAGGGACCAAGGUCAAUGCAGACGGCACACUCACGCGUGUGACGUACAGCGACCGCGCUGAGAAACAGUCGUUCCGCCCGGGCAUGAAGUCCUUGCGGGACAUGAAGAUGUACUGGACGCUGGACGAGUUUAUGCGCAUGGACGCGCAGUUUGAGUUCAAGAUCAGUGCGCAGAAGGAGCCGCACGUGGCAAAGGUGCAUCUGGAUGGCGCGAGCUGCAAGGAUUUCCAGGCCUAUUUGCGUCAGUUUGCCUUCCAGCAAUCACGCUGUGGCUGGCUCUAUGGCUCCGUGGAUGUUGAAACCAAGGACGUGACCGUGGACUUUAUUUACGAGCCGCCGCAAGAGGGCAAUCCGUACGGCUUUGAAGUGCUCGAUGACCCGAAUGCAGACAAAGUUGACGCUGUGGCUGAAGCUCUUGGCUACGAAAAAGUCGGCUGGGUGUUCUCGCACCCUCCGCGAAAAGACGACGACUUCCACUUCUCGGCUCGUGAGAUUCUACUGGCGGCACAGCUACAAGCCGAUGCUGGCGGCAAGAGCUCGUUGUUCCUCACGCUGAAGGUGACGCUCGACAAGGAAGGCCAGGCAGUCUUUGAGGCCUUUCAGGUCAGCGAUUUGUGUGUCGAGAUGUUUGCAGCUGGUGCGCUGCUGGAAAGCGAGAAAAAUCCAAAGGCGUGCGCGGUCAAUAACACAUUCACAGCUCUUGUGGAGGCCAAGCCGGCAAGUGAGGUGGACAACAACUUUUUCCUGUGCGUGGUGCCCGUGCUGCCGCACGAGUCUCCGCUGCGGUGCGAGUUUCCAAAGCUCAACCGAGAAGGUUCGUAUCGCAACCGCGAGGCGCUCAAGGCUCAGCUGCAGAAGUACCGCAACGAGCCGUACGUAAAGCGCAUCAGCGACUUCCAGCUACUGGUCUUUCUGUCAGAUUUUCUGGACCUACAGACGGACAUCCCAGCCAUCUGCCGAGCCGUGCGCGACUCAAACGUCCCUCUUGACUCGGGCUACCCGAUUCUUAUCGACUCGGUCGCGGGCUGCCAGUGA